UACUAAUAUACUACAUCAUAAAAAGGUGACAACGCCGGAGUAAAUUCUAUAGAUUAUCAAAAAUGCUGUUUGUUUAAUAAUUUUAUUGUUUAUGUGACCAGAAAAUGAAGCAAAGCUGAAAAAGCUAUAGAAAUUUAGCUCUAGAUUAAUACUAGAAUGAAAGUAAUAUCUUGUACUGUGAAAUGAGAACGAGUAUCCUGCAGUAACGGUCGUGUACACACUAUCAUGGUUUAGAGAAUCUCGUGAAUAUUUGAUGCUGAAUAAUUUUUAAUCCUAAACGACAUAAGAUCAUUAAUAUUCGUGUAUUAUUAAGUUUAUUCGUUAAAUCUUAAAGAGAAUAAAACUAUUUUACACGUGCAUACAAAAUGGCCUUGCCACCAAACUAUAAACAAGUAGCAAUGGCUACAUCAAAUAUUGUGGCAUCAAACCAACGUCUUAGAGCUUCUGGUGGGAGUAGCAAUAGCUCAACAAAUAGCAAAGAUACGCAAAGCCCAUUUAUACAAACACCUCAUAGUCAUCCAGGAUUUACACCACAAAAGGUUGGAAAAAAUACAAAUGCUGAUUCCCGUAUGCCUAAGCCACCUAAACCACCAGAGAAACCUCUUAUGCCUUACAUGAGGUACAGCAGAAAAGUAUGGGACCAAGUAAAAGCUCAAAAUCCAGAAUUAAAAUUAUGGGAAAUAGGGAAGAUCAUUGGUCAAAUGUGGAGAGAUUUACCAGAAGAAGACAAAACAGAAUUUAUUGAAAUGUAUGAAGCAGAAAAGGUUGAAUAUGAGAAAAGUUUAAAAACUUAUCACAAUUCACCUGCGUAUUUAGCUUACAUUGCUGCUAAAAAUAGAGGAAAAUCUGUUAUGUGUGCUGCGCAACAAAGUAAUGACGAUCGAGAAAGCCAUGAACGUUCAUCAGGUAGUACUAAAGGUCAAGCAGCUCAAGACAGAAGAAUAGACAUUUUACCUGCAGAAGAUGACGAUGACCAAGAUGAUGGAUAUUCUGUAAAACAUGUUGCUUAUUCCCGAUACACACGAAAUCAUCGUCUCAUUAAUGAAAUAUUCAGUGAUACUGUAGUUCCUGAUGUUCGUUCUGUUGUUACUACACAACGAAUGCAAGUAUUGCGACGCCAAGUACAAUCAUUAACAAUGCAUCAGAAAAAACUGGAAGCAGAAUUGCAACAAAUAGAAGAAAAGUUUGAAGCGAAGAAACGUAAAUUUAUUGAAACAAGUGAAAUAUUUCAGGAAGAAUUAAAAAAACAUUGUAAGCCUGCAGUAGAUGAAGAAACAUUCAAUAAAAUGGUGGAACGACAAUACGAAGCACUUAGACGAGACAGAUUGAAAGGAACAGAAGAAAAUCGUUCAGACGGACCAGCGUCAAGUGAAUCAACACCAAAUUCAACACCUACUCCUACUCCUGCUCCUGUUAAUGAUGAAACUCCAUCUGAUGUCCCUGAAAACGAAGCAAUAGAUAAAAAAUCAAAUGGAACUGAAAAAACUACAAAUGAAAUAAAGAAAGAAACGUCUCCUCCCUAUACUGAAAACAAAUCUGAACCUCCAUCAGUUCAGGGAAAUUUAAAUCAACAUAUAUCCAACUCUGGAAUAUACUGUCAUCAACAACCGACAUCUCAAGCACAUCAGCAACAUCCACAACAAUCGACUCCACAACCGCAACCAUCUCCUUUGCAACCACCACAAUCUACUACUACGACGACAACAGCACCAGCUAAUAUAAACUCGAACGCACCUGCAAAUGCAAGUGCAACUGCAAAUGCGCCUACUAUGCCUCCUGUUUCUUCACCAGCUCCUCCUGUGCAGCAUACACCUCAUCAGCAAGGAAUGUUAGCUAAUCAUUCAAUGCCACCUCAUCAAGGAACACAAGGAACUCAAGGAACACAGGUGCUUCCACCUCAAGGGCCUGUUUCUAAUCCACAUACCCCUCAGAUGAUUCCACCAAAUCAAGGCUAUGGUCAACAAUAUCAACCAGGACCAACUCAACAAGCUCAAAAUGUUCCAUUAACUCCAAGGCCUCCACAUCCAUCUUAUACGUAUUCACAACAGCAACCAUAUCAUCAGCCAUAUCCUCAAUAUGCACAUCCAUAUUAUCAUCAACCAUAUUCACAGUAUUCACCACACGCAAUGGGCCGUCCUCAUGCUCAUGGCCCUCAUAGUCCACACAGUCCACAUUAUCACCCACAAUCUCCUCAUGCUGUUGCAGAAAAUAAUACUACUAAUAACAGUAUACCUGGUUCAAACACUGCUUCUGCACCAACAUCUGAUGCUAAUAAUUCAUCUUAUUCUCCGGCAUCAGGACAUUGCGAAAACGAACGUUCUGCUUCUUCGGACAAUCAAGAAGGCCAAGUAGAUAUUAAAUCAGGAUCUGGUUAAUUAUAUUUUUAUAAUUACAUAAUUCUAUUUAUAGAAUUUCAUCUGAAUUUAUGUAAACUGUAGAACAUUACAUUCAAAUAAUAUUGGUGCAUUUAAACAAUUAUAAUAAAAUUGUCACAUUCAUUCAGUUUGUACAAUAAAAAUGCAUUAUCAAU